UACUUUUUCUUUUGAAAUUUCAAAGUUUCUGCUGCUAGCUUACACGUCUACUCGCGGCAUCAGCAAGUCUGAAGUCAUGUAGAGUUCAUUCUGGCUUUGAUGAAUCUUGUUGUUUUGUUUAUUUUGCUUGUUUAAAACAGCUCACUCGAUGUUCGUAUUUUAUUCGGAGCGUAGUAGGAAUAAAAAAGAAUUAUCACUUGUUUAAAACUAAUCUCGCGAUAUUUCAUGGAGCAACGUUAUCUUGAGAAAGUGUAGCUCAAAAUAAAUAAGUAAGUAAAUGUACUGUUGAUGUGAAGACGCUGUUGCUAUGGUUUGUGGCCUGAUGACCUCUGCUGGGGGGCGGAAGAGGUCGUCACACGUGUGACGUAUGACGCAAGAGGGAGGGGAGGGUCGGCACGUGCACGGCGGAGGAAGCUGGACACGCGCGUGAGGCGGCGGCUGCGCACUCGGCGCCCGCAGCAACGUCAGGCGCGCAGCACGAUGAUGGCUCCCUCUAUCGGACCGCAACGGCGUCUCCGCUCACUUUCAGGGAGAGACAAGCCAGCUGAGGGAUACGUCAUCAACCUGGUGGCGACUGAAGUCUGGGUGCCACGCGAACACACGAACCAAGGUUGUCCCAGUGUCGGAGCAACACGAGGAGCUUGUCAAGAGCUGGAAGAAGGAGGCAAAAACACUCGCCUGACAUUUUCCAACUCUCCAAUAUUCGUCUGAGCGAAAUGGAAUUUGUGGAUGACUGACCAGAAAAUGUUUGUCUGACCGGCGCGGGGCCAUGCUCACCCGUCAGGACUGGAGUGACGAGAAGACACGUUAGACAUUUCCACAGAGCACAAGGUUGACCCUGGAUGACCCGGGCUGAGGCACUCUGGUGACGUCAUAGCUGGCAAGCUUCCUCUCUCGACAUCCGCGGCCUUCACCCCACCAGGCCAGCCUGUCAGUGGUCCAGCCCUCCACCCGCCAUCAGACUUGACGAUCCAAGAUUACGGGGUUGGACGAGGGAAACAGAGAUGCUGUUCUGUCUGAUGAACCUUCUGUCCUUGGCAUCCUGCAGCAACAUGGACGAGACAGUGGUGGAUACCUCCCUCCUGCGACAGACGGUGCCCCCACAGUCCCUCCUGCAGUGUCUGCAGUGCACGCACGAGGCGCCUGGCUGCUACUCACUCACCUCACUCAACUCACUCAACUCACCCAGCAACACGUCGCUCAUGCACGUGGCAGCCUGCGCCCUCAACCAGCCUCACUGCAUGGUGCGCCGAGUGGAGACGGCAGGUGUGAUGACGUCCUUCGAGCGGCGCUGUGCUGCCCACUGCAUGCCCGGAUGUAGCGUCGCUCACAACCAGCUGACGUGCACGUCGUGCUGCAACGGCAGCCUCUGCAACGUGGACAACACAGCCACCACUUGCCGCGCCAGCGCUCGCCACAUCCUCAUCGUCAUCACCACAGCGGCCACCGCCGCCAUGACUCUACAUCCGGGGCGGUGAGGUGCACGUGAUGUGAACUCUCUGCACUGGAGGCGAUGUUCGUUUGGAGAAGCUGCUUGCACGUGUUUCAGUGUUUUGUUUGUAAUCAAGCGCACUGAGCCUACUCUAAGGUGGGGAGAGGGGCUGUAAACAAUCUGCUUUGUAGUGUGUUUU